AGAAACGGAAACACAUGGAAAGUUCCUAACUCGCCUUCCAUAAAUAGAAUCAGACGACACUUCAACCGAACGCAACAGAAAAAACGAAGCGAACGCUCUCCGGCGGCGAUGGCGGCGGCGACGAGCUCCGACAGCUGCUGCACGCGGUGCCUGAGCUUCCUGAUAACGACGGGGAUGGCGGCGCUCUUCAUCUGGCUGAGUCUCCGCGUGGACGAGCCAAGGCUCUACCUCAAACAAAUCUACGUUCCUUCCCUCAACAAAACCCUAAACCCUAAACCCCACAACAACACCGUCUUCUUCACGCUGCACCUCGUCAACAACAACAAGGACAAGGGCAUCCAAUACGACGACGUUCUCCUCUCCUUCGCGCGCUUCGCCUCUCCCAACGCCACGCGCCCACUCGGCAACGCCACCGUCGCCGGCUUCUACCAGGGCCACGGCAAGAAGGCCAAGAAGCGCGCCUCCCUCGCCGCCGCCGGGAACCUCACGGCGCCCGUCGACGGCAGGGUUUUCUACCGCGUGGAUUUCACCACCGCGGUCAAGUACAAGAUCCUCUUUUGGUACUCCAAACGGCACCGUUUGUGGGGAGGGGCCAAUGUCGAGAUCGACGCUCGCUCCGGGGAGAAGGUCCACCGGAAAGAUGUCAGGCUCGGCGGGAAGUCGCCGCCGGUGAUCCCGUCCGGCGCACCGGGGACCCCUCCUGGCUAUCGUGCGCUGCCUUGCGUUGUUGCUCUUUUCUUGCUCGCUCAGUUGACUUGACUUGACGUUUACUUCACUAUUGCUUCAUUUAAUUAGGUGCUGUUUUUAUUAUUUAUUUUUUUAUUUUUGGGUUUAUUAUUUUUUUUUUUUUAACAAUGAUUGGCGUGGGCAUUGGUUUUUUUUUUUGUAAUUUGUAAUUUUGUACUGCUUCAAGUGAAUGAUGGGAAAAAUUAUUACUACCUCCUAUA